AUGACAUUUGACGUUGGAGAAAGAAGUACGAGCCCGUCGUCCUGCGACGAGAUUUCAUCAUCAUCCUGUUCGAAUCCCCCACCAUCUGCGACGGCGCUGGUGGGCCCCGCACCUUCGACAAAUAAAGAGAAUCAUAGAGUGCGCUUUUCGGUGGAUUUAGAACGAGAGCGAGAACGGGAACGAGGGGGUUUUGCUGAAUCUUCUGGUCUGAGACCUGCGGCUCCGAAUUUGAGUAUUGAUACGAGGAUAGCGGCGACGGAAACAGCUGCAAAUGGUACAUCGUCAACAUCAGGCCAAGGGAGGAGGGUUCUAGGAACUUCGCCAAUUUCGCCGAGGGCAAGGAAUAGAGGGUAUUCGUUGAGAAGGGCAUUAUUUGCGCGGGGAUUGGGUAGUGAAUCGGAGCAGGAGACUAUCGAGCUUGCGGAAACAGAAUCUCCGCAAAGUGGGGGAAAGAAGACGCAGAGUUCGGUGGAGGUAUGCCCGGUGCAUGAUCAAAUUGAGGCGGCGCCAAACGAGAAUAUUCAAUCUACGGAGUCGAAUAGAACUUUCAAAUAUGGUGAUCAGAAGACUUUUGGGACGAGGGAAUUACACAAUUAUGAUCGCUUUGUGCGCAAGGUGAAGGGGAAUGAUUCUAUUAUCCGAAAAGCGAAGAAAAAGUCUCUAUGGUUUUACAAGGAGAAAAUAUUAAAAGAUUUUCUCAGGCAAAGAGAAAUUCCUCCUUCCAAAGAUGGACGACAUAUCGAUCUGGAUGCUACUCGCCAGCAGGGAGCCUCCCUAAUUGACGAGAGAACUGGGGUGCCAUAUAUCGGCAAUGCCAUUCGCUCUAGUCGAUAUACAAUAUGGAAUUUUAUACCAAAGCAGCUUUUCUUUCAAUUUUCAAAACUGGCCAAUGCAUAUUUCUUACUUGUUUCCAUUCUUCAAAUGGUACCUGGACUUUCACCUACGGGAAGUUAUACCACGAUUGCCCCGCUUUUAGUUUUCGUCAUGAUUAGUAUGGCGAAGGAGGGAUAUGAUGAUGUUCGGCGCUACAAGUUGGACCAGGUCGAGAACAACAAUCAGACAUUGGUCUUACACGCAUACACACCUGUCGAUAUCAAUGAGAAGUCCCAUGUUAGAGCUAAAGGUACGCGAUCAAAUAGGGUCAAAAAGGGUCUAAGUAUCGAUUCACCUGAGACGGUACAAGAAAUUGAUAUCGAGGCGACAGCUUCAGGGCCAAAGCAUUGGGCAACGUUGAAGUGGAAAAAUCUCAAAGUUGGUGAUAUCAUAAAACUCCAUCGGGAUGAAGCGGUACCGGCAGAUAUUCUCCUUUUACAUGCAGAUGGGCCAAACAAUAUCGCAUUCAUUGAGACCAUGGCAUUGGAUGGUGAGACAAAUUUAAAGACAAAAUCACCACCAAUUUCUUUAGUGGAGAAAUGCUCAACUGUGGAAAAUUUGGCCGAUUGUCAUGCUCAUGUUGUUAUUGAAGAUCCUAACUUGGAUUUGUAUAAUUUUGACGGAAGAGUCACUGUUGAUGGCGAAACUCUACCACUCACGACCAACGAGAUUGUUUUCCGAGGAAGUGUUCUGAGGAAUACAUCUAAUGCCAUUGGUAUGGUGCUUAACACUGGCGAAGAGUGUAAAAUCAGAAUGAAUGCCAAUAAAAAUCCUCGAACUAAAGCACCCGAGAUGCAAAAGAUUGCAAAUAAUAUUGUCAUCAUUCUCGUUGUAUUCGUCGUUAUUCUCGCUUUAUUCUGUACCAUAGCUUACCAAAUAUGGUCCGGUAAUGUUGAGAGUAAUUCAUGGUAUUUAGAGGGAGCACAUUUUAAAUUCAGCUACUCGAUCGUUGCCUUUAUCAUUCUCUUUAAUACAUUAAUCCCACUCUCGCUUUAUGUUAGUUUGGAAAUCAUCAAGGUUGGACAAUUACUUCUCAUGCAUGACGUUGAGAUGUAUGAUCCUGUGUCGGACACUCCAAUGGUUUCAAAUACAUCUACGAUUCUUGAAAAUUUGGGCCAGAUUAGUUAUGUGUUUUCCGACAAGACGGGCACAUUGACUGAUAAUGUUAUGCGUUUUCGAAAGCUCAGUGUUGCUGGAGGAAAUGAUUCGCUAUAUGCAGAGUAA